GCUGAGCUGAGAAGCUCGUGAAGCUUACAUAAAAUAUCCUAUAGAUACGUCUACUGAUCAGUAGGUGCCCAGGUGAAAUAAGCAUGUCCUAAGAUGGCAAUAGAUCUGGAGUAUCAGCCAGUCUAUAGAAGUGAGUUGACGCCGGACUUGUUAGUGUCUCGAUGGCUUGAUGGCUUUCACUUACUCUGUCUGUAAACCAAAACCAUCUUUCUACCAAAACAAUAAAGGGACGGUGCACAAUCUGACUACAGAAUGCUAUUUCCAAAGAAGUGAACUGUGAAGAAAGGACUCAUGAAUUUUGAUCACAGGGGCUUGGAGAGCAUCUCUGAUGUCUGCUCCAGUGGGGACCUUCCUGAGGUAGAGUUGGUGAGCAUGCUAGAAGAACAGUUGCCAGAUUACAAGUUACGAGUGGACUCCCUGUAUCUGUAUGAAAAUCAAGACUGGAUUCAGUCCCCUGCCUGCCACGGCCAUCUUCCUGAAAUCACUUCUCCAGUUCACAAUGAGGAGCCCUUCCGUUACAUGACUCUUAUUGAACUUCCUUCCUCCUCCUUGGCUGGAUCUCACAAAUUUGCUCAAGUUCUUGGCACAGAUAAUGUAGAGCAGAAAACCUCCAGUGAUGCUGACAUGGUCAAACAUCUGUUAGCUGAGAAAGAUCGGGACCUGGAACUGGCAGCUCGAAUUGGACAAGCCCUCCUUAAGCGAAACCAUCUGUUGACGGAACAGAAUGAAGCACUAGAAGAACAGUUAGGACAAACUCUAGAUCGAGUUAACCAGCUGCAGCAUGAACUGUCAAAGAAAGAUGACCUGCUUCGUAUUGUUUCGAUUGCUUCCGAGGAGAGUGAAACAGAUUCCAGCUGUUCCACGCCACUUCGUUUCAAUGAGUCUUUCAAUGUAUCACACGAUCUAUUGCAGCUGGAUGUCUUGCAAGAUAAACUCAGGGAGCUGGAAGAGGAGAACCUUGCUCUCCGAUCGAAGGCUUGCCAUCUGAAGACAGAAACCAUUACGUAUGAAGAAAAGGAACAGCAGCUGGUCAAUGACUGUGUCAAAGAGCUCCGGCAAACAAAUGCUCACAUUUCCAGAAUAACAGAGGAGUUGUCAGAGAAGAGUGAGGAAUUGGUUCGCUACCAGGAAGAGAUCUCAUCCCUCUUGUCUCAGAUUGUUGAUCUUCAACAUAAACUCAAAGAACAUGUGAUUGAAAAGGAGGAGCUGAAACUUCACUUACAAGCUUCCAAAGAUGCUCAGAGACAACUGACAGCAGAGCUACAUGAUUUGCAAGAUCGGAAUGCAGAGUGCCUAGGGAUGUUGCACGAAUCACAGGAAGAAGUGAAGUUGCUGCGCAGCAGAGCCAGCUCUGUUGCUUGUCUCUGCUACCCCCAGUCAUGUGGAGCAUUUCCUGUGGAUUCCCUUGCAGCCGAAAUUGAAGGGACAAUGCGUAAGGAAUUGAGUCAGGGUGAUGAAUCUGUUUUCUCCAAGCAAAAGGGUCAACAGAAACGAGUAUUUGACACUGUCAAGGUUGCCAAUGUCACUCGUGGCCGCUCCUCUUCCUUUCCUGCCCCAUUGCCAAUCCCUGGAUCUAAUCGGUCAAGUGUUGUUAUGACAGCAAAGCCCUUCCAGUCUGGCGUACACCAGUUGGAGAGCCAUACAUGGAUGACCCAGAGGAGCAGCUCUGAGAAGAAUUUGAAAAACACUCAUAAUCCUGAUCAGCCGGGAACCCCUGGAGACAAUGACUUAGUCACAGCUCUGCACAGGCUCUCCCUCCGUCGCCAGAACUACCUGAGUGAGAAGCAGUUCUUUGAGGAGGAAUGGGAGCGAAAAAUGCAUUUGCUGGCUGAGCAGAAAGAAGGGGCUAGUGGCUGUAGUACACCGACAGAAAGCUGUUUUUCACUGGGUACAAACUCAGAAUUCACUGAUCUCUCUGCUAGCUCUAGUAACCUCCGUGUCCUCCUACCAGAAAAAUUGCAGAUUGUCAAACCCAUUGAAGGAUCUCAGACCCUUUUUCACUGGCAGCAGCUUGCUCAACCCAACCUAGGCACCAUUCUUGACCCAAGACCAGGUGUUGUUACAAAAGGUUUUACCCCUCUGUCUGGUGAUACUGUGUACCACAUCUCUGACUUGGAGGAGGAUGAUGAGAAAGAAGGUGAAGGAGGUAUAACAUUUCAAGUGCAAAAGUCUUUCCCGGAGGAAAAGAAAUGUACAGUGGCAAAGCCAGUGGCAGGGAUUUUCCUGCCACCUAUUACUUCAGCAGCAGUACCACUCACUGCCUCGAAUCCAGGGAAGUGUCUGUCUUCCACAAAUUCCACGUUUACCUUUACUACCUGUAGGAUCCUUCACCCAUCUGAUGUCACUCAAGUUACUCCCAGCUCUGUGGGUGCCCCAUUUUCACUUGGAAAUACUGGCAGCAAUAUUGGAAAACCAGUAGUGAGCACUCCAGCCAUUUCUUACAGACUUAGUAUUGGAGAAUUUCUCACCAACAGAAGAGAUUCAACUACUACUUUCAGCAGCACAAGCAGUCUGGCUACACUUUUGCAAGAACGAGGCAUCUCUGCCAAGGUUUACGAUAGCCCCAUAUUAGAAAAACUGCCUUUGCUACAGCCCUCUCGAACUCUCCCCAUUCCUUCUACUCCACCAAAUUCUCCCUCGCGUUCACCAUGUCCUUCCCCUCCACUGUUUGAGCCUCGAGUGCAUCACACAGAAAAUUUCCUGGCUUCUCGACCAGCAGAAACAUUCUUGCAAGAAAUGUAUGGCCUAAAGCCCUCCCGUAAUGUUCCAGACAUAGGCCAGCUGAAGAUGAACCUAGUGGACAGACUGAAGAGGCUGGGUAUUGCCAGGGUGAUCAAGCCCCCUGAGACACAGGACCACAGGAAGAAUCAGGGGCCAGAGACCAGCUUGCGGAGGCAGGACUCGGCUGUGUUUUUAAAUGCAGGUAGCAACUUAAUGGCAGGACUGAGAAGAAACCAGAGUCUUCCAGCCAUGAUUGGAGCAUUGGGAGCUCCAGUUUGCACACAGUCAUCAAAAAUGGAUAUCCUAAAGGAGGACUGACUGGUCUGAAAAAUGGUUGACUUCUGGCAUAGUAAAUAAUACAUGAGGGAUAAACAUCCAGUACAGGCAUCGUUAGAUGUGUUACAGAAGAGUUGGAGAAGGCACGUGCAUGUUAAAGAUGUGGGAGAGAGAAGCGUUGGGAUCAAGGGGAAAAGGAGCAUUGCUUGGGUUUGAGGAAGAAGGCUUUUGUGGAAGGUAAGAAAGAAGAAACCAAAGCUUAGUUUUGAGACCCCCUUCAGCAUCUGUCUUAACUUAAGCAAAAAUAAAACACCAUUGUGGACAUUCUCAGUAUUUUAACCUUUUAAACUGUAUGUGUAGAACUGUCUUGCAGGUGCUGUACUAUUUUUUUCCACCAUACGACCACAGUAUUUUACUAGUUGUUAGCAGUCAGGCUGUAUCAUUGAAAUAUAAUAUUAAAAUAACCAUCAGUCUGACUAGCAUUAUUGGUCCAAGUUCCUCUCUGUAGCAAACUAAUACGAAAACUUGGAUUAUUUUUUUUAUUCUUGUAUUUUCCAUUUCAGAAACUGUACUCUUUGAACUCCUCCCAAUUUUGAGAAGCAGGGGAGAGAACCUUUAGGUCUAUGUAAGAAAACAGUACUUCUGUUUACGAACACAGAAACUGGUGGUCAGGAUUUAUAUUUUGAAAGAGCGCAGUUGUGCUAGUGAGGUAUUAACAGAAGUUAAUUUCUUUCCAGAGCUUCUGAAGCACACAGAGGAAGGUGCAAUGAAUAAGAAUUAUGAAGCAGGAAAUUAUGUAUUAGGUGAAAUAUUCAAGCUAAGAAAUCUUCCCAAAGUGUGCUGUGCAUCUUUUUAAAUGAGGGUAUUUUUGCACACACACACAAAAAUCUCAGGCAUGUUUCAGUGUUGCAAAAGGAAAUAAACCCUAGGUGCUUGAGUCAGGGUUUCUUUUUACUUUACAUAAGUGGAGAGCAUUUACUUCAAGACAGGUGUCGGAAAUCCAGUAACCUGACUCUUCUCUUGACAGGUAGACAUUAUGUAUAUUUGAGAGUUCUGCAGUAAACUUCAUGCCUUUCAUUCACUUAUUUCUGAUUUUAGGCAGGAUUUUAUAUAAAAGAUUUCAUUAAGAGCAAAGUUUACCUUUCUAUAUUCAGAAACAGGAAGAUGAAAGCUAGUGUUCUUUGCAGCAUUUUAAUGAACAUAAAUCAAUUUUGUCUACAUUGAAAUCCUGUGUUUUGAUGAUGGAGGGUGAUUCUGAACAAAGCUGAGGCAGACUUUCCGUCUCAAAAGAGAAGUCCAUUUUAGAAAUCUGAUUUCUGACUGGUAGUCAGCAAAAUACUACUGCCCAUGCUGGUUUUUUUUAUUCCUUCCUGUCCAAGGUUCUAGUCAUAACUGAAUGAUCUACAAUAGAUUUAUAGUGUAACUUGAAGAAAAAAAAUUUGGCCAAAAUUCCUUGGAGGAAUGGGUCUUCACUAGUGACCUGAAUGGAAACAGGUUCUUUAUGUAAUUUUUCACUAUACCUAUCAGCAUUUUAAAAUUAUUUUAAAGUUUAGUUUCCAUACAAUUAGAUAAAAGAGUCAAAGUUUACCUUGCUUGUUACAGUGUAUGUGGGACUUAGCUGGUACCUGUCUGGGUGAGUGGUGUGAAGCAUCAGUAUAAUUACACUGAUUUGCAUUUGCCGUAAGGCACAUCUACCAUAAUCAGCACCUUUGUUGCUGCAGGGUUGAGUGGAGUAGGGCAGGAAAAGAAAGCUUCUUAACCUGGUUUAUAGGAAAUUUGUAAUGUGGCCUUUCUGCUUUUACAGUUAUAUAGAUCUUGUGAUGACUCUUUGAUAUAAUAGUCUUUUUUUGUAAAAGGAAAAGGAGUCAUCACUUCAAACUUGCACAGGAAUUCUUAAAAGAAACUUGUCUGUCAGCAGCGCACAGAAAUAUUCAGGAACUCCUGGAGUUGCCUUUUGCUCUCUAAGCAAAAUCUUACCCUUAUAAAAGGUGAAUUUUAUUUAAAAUACUAUAUACGGGUUAAUUUUGUUUUUAAAAUGAGAACUAUUUAAUUUCUUCAUGUAAGUGUUUAUGUUUGUACUUUCUUAGCUGUGCAUGAGGUCUUGCCUAGCUAAAUAAGCUAAGAGUGAAAGGAGCAAGGGGAGGCAAUUUUGCUCUCCAGUGAACCAAGAUGGGUAUGUCUGCUGCGUAUUUGUAACUUCUAGGGAAACAACAGGAAUGAGAUAACAAAAGAUUAGACAGUUUGGUAUCAACAGAGAAGUGUGUAGUGUGACAAAAGUAUGUCCAUUUUAUCUGUGUUUAUUAUAGGAAUACAUGUAAGUUACAGAAAUUUUUGAAGGUGUUACACUGUGUUUCUAAGUAGCUUCGUUAGAUCACUCCAGCCAUUGAAUCAGUCUGUGUGUUACCAGCAGAAGUAGCAAAUCAGCUACAUCACAAUUCCUUUGGCAGACCAUGUUUCAGUAAAAAUUUAUCUAAAAGCACAUUAAUUAAAUGCAUGUUUCUCUUUGGGACGCUUCCAUAUUCCAUAGCCAAACGAUACAAACUGAUUCAGUUCAAACAACACUAUGGAUAUGUCGAGAGGUUGGUUUGUUUUCUGUAGGAUGAUGUAUCAUCAGAUACUUAACACAAGGCAAGAAGAAAAUGGAAGAAUCUGUAUACCGUUGUGUUUGUGUGUUUAUCCGGUUGGUUGAUGCUGUGGCGCAGUAUUGUGGAAAUUCUGUCGUGCGUUUAUACCUUUGGAUGGUCAUACGCAUUUUGUAUGUAUGUGCCUAGCUUGCAGCAACAGGGAACAUUGGUACUCCUUCCAAGUUUACUGUUUUGUGCCAAAACCUAGAAGAUAAACUUUGUGAAUAACAUGUGUGUUUCUGAGAACAUAUUAAAAGUUGCCAUCAUUGUAGGGACUGAUUUGGCUUCUGUUGCCUCCCGUAAGAGAGGAGACAAACUUGCAUGACUAAGAUAGCUGAGAUCCUGCAGAAGAUCUUUUGAUCCUGCACAAGUGUGAUUUGGUUGAGCGUGAGGCAGAACUAGAAGGAAUGGAGAAUUGCAUUUCAGAAAGGUUCUGUUAUCUUGCGGGUUUGAGACAGAAACAGAUACUAGAAAGAAAGGACUUACCCAUGCUUGUGAAAGUUUCAAGAGACAGAAGGAAAUUCUUCUAUUUACCUUUAUUCAGAUUGGCUUAAACCAAGCACAAAUUUUUAGCUUUCUAGUUUCACUGUUUUUUAUAAACUCAAUGAUGCCUGCAUGCUCAAAAUACCUGUGGUCGAAGUUAAAAGUCUACUGGAGUCAGACAGCAGCAGAGAGGGAAGGAGAAUGUUGGGUUUGGGCCUCAUUUGGCUGUUACACAAGGGGAUUACACACAGUGUUUGAAUGGUCUGGGAACUUCAUGAUAUUUUUUUCAUCUGCUUUUUUGCACUUACUGUUGUUUCAUAGUGGAAUGUAAAUUUGUUAAUAAACAUAUAUAACAUGCCA